AUGGAAUCUGUCUCCCGCAUCGCGUCCAUGAUGGACCCUGCGCGAGAUUUGACCGUCGAAGCCGCUCAGGCGUUGGGGCUCGCGAAGGGCCUCGGGGGAGGAGGGUCAUCCGGCCGAACCAUCCCCUUUGCAAAGCUGAAGGCUCUCCUCGACAGUCGGAGUGACCGUGAUCUCCUCGAUGGUCUGAGGAAGGUUGUCUCUAUGAUCUAUCAGAACAAACCAUGUCUGCCAUAUUUCUCGUCAGUCGUCAAGAACGUCGCCAAUCCAAAUCUUGAGAUCAAGAAGCUCGUCUACAUCUACCUUCUCCACUAUGCCGAAGCCGACCCUGACCUGGCUCUUCUUUCCGUCAACGCCAUCCAGAAAUCCCUUAGUGACCAGAACCCACAGGUCCGCGCUCUCGCCCUACGCACCAUGUCAGGAAUGAGAGUCCCGGUCAUCAGUCAAAUCGUCUCACUGGCCAUCAAGCGAGGGGUUGGUGAUAUGAGUCCCCACGUGCGAAAAGCAGCUGCCCUCGCAAUUCCGAAAUGUUACAACUUGGACCCAAACACGCUACCUCAAUUGCUCGAUUAUCUUUCCACGCUAUUGGGCGACAGGCAGUAUUUCGUGGUCGGACCCGCCGUCCAAGCCUUUCUGGAGAUCUGUCCCGAUCGUAUCGAUCUCAUCCACAAGCAUUACAAAAGCCUGGUCAAGAAACUUGUUGACAUGGAUGAGUGGAGUCAGCUGGCCACCUUGAGGCUUCUGCUCUUCUACUGCCGACGAUGUUUCCCACAAAGGACCCGCAGAGUUACCAAAGUUAACAAGAAGGGGUUCUACGACGACGAGCCUGACGAGACGGUGGAGACAAAUGAGGUUGUCCAGAUCUUAGAUCCCGACUUGGAGCUCUUCCUCAACGCCUGUAAACCUCUGCUUCGGAGUCGAAGUUCGGCGGUUGUUGCGUCUGUCACAAGCUGUUUCUUGUACCUGGGCACGUCCGAAUACCUCCAGGAGGCAGUCGGGCCCUUGGUUGGUCUUAUGCGUGGGCCUCCUGAAGUGGAGGAAGUGGCUCUGUGCAAUAUUGUGCUGGUGUCAUUGUCAGCGCCAGACCUGUUCGUUCCUUAUGCAUCCCAUUUCUUCAUUCGAGCGCACGAUCCGCCGCAAAUAUGGAGGUUGAAGAUUGAACUGCUGACCCUGAUAUUCCCGCAUGCGGCGUUACAUCUCAAAUCCAUCAUCCUAAGCGAACUUGAGCACUUCUCUCACGGUUCCGACAUCGAACUCAUUCGUGAGUCUGUGCGAGCAAUUGGGCGAUGUGCACAAUCCGAUCCCAUCAACGCUCACCAAUGUUUCCGGGUUUUGCUCAACCAGAUAUCUAGCUUCGACAAUAUUUUGGUGUCCGAGGUCCUUACCGUGGUGCGCCAUCUUAUUCAACAAGAACCCGCCUCCCACCGGAAGACCGUGGUGCGAUUGGCAAGAAACUUGGACAGAACCUCCAGCCCAGAAGCGCGAGCUACAAUCAUCUGGUUGGUGGGCGAAUUUGCGAGCCUCGACCCUGAGAACAACAUCGCACCGGAUGUGUUGCGGAUCUUGGCCAAAGGGUUUGCUGAUGAGAGCGAACCUGCAAAGCAACAGAUUGUCCUGCUCGCUGCCAAGGUGUAUUUGUUGUUUUUGCAAAGGGAGGGCGCUACAUCUCCAGACAAAAACAAUGAUGCUAGAAAGAUGGGGGAUAUUGAAGAUGAGUCUUCUCGGAAUUCCACUCUCGUCGAUCAUCCAAUCUCCAAGUUGUGGAAUUACGUGCAGCUCCUCGCCCGAUAUGACGUAUCAUACGACCUGCGUGAUCGGGCUAGGCUGUUCAAGGCGCUCCUUGCCAAUCCGCAGUCUACUCAACUUGCUGCUCUCCUUCUACUUGCUCCCAAACCAGUGCCUCACUCACCGUCGCCAUCCGAGAGUCGGAAAGGAUUGGUAUUGGGGAGCACUACCUUGGUCCUUGGAAAAGAUGUUGCAGGCAUUCUCGGGCUGCCUGGCUACCGAGAACUGCCUGACUGGGUGGAAGCUGGACACGAGCCAGACCCGAAGCUGAGAGAUGCGGUGGAUGGUGGGGAAAAGGAAGAAUAUGUUUCACUCGGGGCGAGAAAGGGGACGACAGUGGCCGCGAGCCGAAGACUGGAUGAGGCGGUCAAAGAGCAGGGGCUGGAGAAGGUUGUCGCCGCAGGCUCGACCAAGGCGCACUCGAAGCAAAGGACUCUGGAUGACUGGCUCGCCGAGAGCGGAGAGGAAGAGGAAGAGACAGAGACAGAGACGGAGGAGGAAACGGACAGCGAAGAGAUUGAGGAAGAAGAAAGCGAGGACGCCGAGACAGGUGAAGAGGAGAGCGAGGAGGAGGAGGAGGAGGAGGAGGAGGAAGAAGAAGAAGAGACGGCGAUGAGGCAAGGGCUGAUGAGCAAAGCAUAG